AUGGUAAUCACACCUGAACAAGAAGCUGAGUUCUGGAUGACAAGAAACUGCUCCAUCUGCGGCUGUGACUUAGGUGAUGAUAGAGUCAGGGACCAUGAUCAUGUAACUGGACUUUACCGCGGAGCUGCUCAUAAUAUGUGUAACUUGAAAUAUAGAAUUACAUGGAAACUUCCAGUGGUCUUCCAUAAUCUAAGAGGUUAUGAUAGUCAUCUGAUAAUGCAGGAGAUUGGCAAGUUUAAGAUGAACAUUAACGUUGUCCCAAAUAACAUGGAGAAAUACAUUUCCUUCUCAUUAGGAAAAUGUCUUGUGUUCAUUGAUUCCAUCCAAUUCAUGGCUUCUUCUCUAGAGGCACUUGUGAAUAACCUUUCACCUGAAGACUUCAAGAUAGUCGGUAAGAGGUGGCCGGAAGAAGACUUUGAUCUAGUACGACAAAAAGGAAUAUUUCCUUAUGAAUACUUAGAUGACAUCAGCAAACUAGACUCUGAGGGGCUUCCAAGUAAAGACAAGUUCUAUUCGUCUCUAUAUGAAUCUGAAGUGAAAGAAGAAGAUUACCAAAAAGCGCAAAAAGUUUGGAAUCACUUCAAGAUGAAAACGAUGAGGGACUACCACGAUCUUUAUCUAGAGACUGACGUUCUUCUGCUAGCGGAUGUCUUUGAGAAUUUCAGGAAGACCUGCCUGGAAAAUUACAAGCUUGACCCUGCUCAUUACAUCUCAGCACCUAGUCUAAGUUGGGACGCGUUCUUAAAACAGUCAGGUGAGGAAAUAGAAUUGGUAAGCGAUAUGGAUAUGUUCCAGUUCUUUGAGAAGGGAAUGAGAGGUGGGGUAAGUCAUAUUGCUCAUAGACACUCUACGGCGAAUAAUAAGUAUAUGGAAACGUAUGACGAAGAAGCUGAAAACAAGUUCCUUAUGUACCUCGACGCCAACAAUUUAUAUGGCUGGGCGAUGUCUCAACCUCUGCAUAAUGGUGAGUUUGAGUGGAUCGAGGAAGUUGACAAAAUAAAUAUUGAUGACUACUUAGGAGACAGUGGAAGGGGUAUGGUUCUUGAGGUUGAUAUGGAAUAUCCAGCAGAACUUCAUGAACUUCAUAAUGGUUACCCUCUAGCUCCAGAAAGUAGGGAGAUCGAUGUGUCAAUGUUAUCGGACUAUGCUAAGGAUAUUGCCGAUAAAUUCCAGCUGACAAUUGGAGGUGUAAGGAAACUAGUGAACUCCUUAGGUCCUAGGAAGAAUUACGUUCUACAUGUUAGGAAUCUGAAACUCUACAUGGAACUCGGAAUGAAACUUGUGAAGGUUCACAGAGCAGUCUCCUUCAAGCAGUCAACUUGGCUGAAAAAAUAUAUUGACUUCAAUACUCAAAAACGAUCAGUCGCUAAGAAUGCGUUCGAGAAAAACUUCUUCAAGUUAAUGAACAAUUCCAUCUAUGGAAAGACUAUGGAGAAUUUGAGGAAGAGAGUUGAUGUGAAACUAGUGUCGUCGGAAAACGAUCUCCUUAAACUUACGGCGUCUCCAUGCUUCCAGUCACAUAGGAUUAUGAAUGAGAGCCUGAUCGUGGUAAAGAGAAUGAAGGAAGUCCUGACUCUGAAUAAGCCGUGCUACGUGGGAAUGAGUAUCUUAGAUUUGUCUAAGACUCUAAUGUACGACUUCCAUUACAACACGAUCAAAAAGGAGUACGGUGACAAGUCGAAGCUCCUUUUCACAGACACUGACAGUCUAAUGUAUGAGAUCAAGACUGAUGACGUGUACGAGGACUUCAAGAGGAUCGGUGAAGAGAAAGAUUGUUGGGACAACUCAGAUUAUCCUAAAGAUUCUCCGUAUUACUCAGCUCAUAACAAGAAGGUAAUUGGAAAGUUUAAGGACGAAGCUGAGGGAGUGCCGGUGAUUGAAUUCGUAGGGUUAAGGUCAAAGAUGUACUCUUACGUGAAGGAGAGUGGUGGAGGUGGAAUGACAGCUAAAGGUGUAAAAAAGUACGUGAUCAGAAACAAACUCACUCACGAAAACUUUAAGAACGUGAUUAAGACCAAAGGUAGGAUGAGACAUAAGAUGAACACAAUCCGAAGCAUCAAGCAUAAGAUUGGAACCUACCAGCUAAAGAAAAUUACACUCAGCUGUUUCGAUGACAAAAGAUACCUACUUGAAGAUGGUGUUACAAGUUACGCGUACGGACACCACUCAAUAGGAGAUCUAAAGGCUGAGGUGGUGAUUGAAGAAAAAGUGGAACCGAGCUGUGUACUAGAAAGGGUUAAAACUCAGAGUGAAUACUGUAGACUCGAGGAAGCAGUAGAAUUCUACGAAAGCCCCUUCUGGGAAGACUCAGCGUUAGUUGAAGAAAAACCUAUUCCUAGACCAGAAUAUAAAGUAGUGAUUUCACGAAGAAGAUCAAAGUUCAAAAAACUAUUACCGUUAAGGAUACUCGUAACUGAUGAGAAUCACCUAAGGAAAAACUACGACAUACUACCAAAAGACGAAAAGGAAACUCUGAAAGCAGUGCUGCAAGAGAAGCUCAAAUCAUUAGGUGUCGCUGCGGCUAGAACUCCCGGAAGUAAAAAGCUUACACAAAUUGGAUACUAGAGAAUUUAAUAGGAAUAAAAUAAAUGAUCUAAAAGUAAAAUAAAAGUGGUCUAGAAAAAUGAGGUAAAAAAGACCAAAGAAAAAAUGGUCUAGAAAAAUAUGAGCCCGCGUUUUUCGGGGAAAAUAUGGAAACCGCUGACCGGAAGUUGGGUGUGAUCGCGGGCCGAAAAAGUGGUCUAGAACCCUCAUUCCCUAUACUACUAAAAGCCCUUCGAUGGCAAGGGCAAAAAGGCCCUUCGAAGCCAAAGGGAAGGGCACUUUGAAGGCAAAGGCAAAUUAGGACCUUGGAAGGCAAAGGUAAAAAGGCUCUUGGAUGGCAAAGGCCCUUCGAGGGCAAAGCAAAGUCUCCUGGAAAGCAAAGGCCCUAUGAAGAUAAAGGCAAAAGCAGUUCGAAGGCAAAAUGUGAAUUGUACGACUCUAACAAGCAAACAUCCUCUUUUCUCACAAUCACUCCAAUCUUGGUACGGCUGUGUUGAAGGAUGUUUGCAUUACCAAUCUAUACCCGAGAGUCUAGGACGGAGGAUGUUGCCGCGGGCACGUUGAUCGAUGGCAAAGGCACGUUGAUCGAUGGCAAAGUCACGUUGAUUAAUGGCAAAGACUACGGCACUUUGAAUGCAAAUGCCCUUCGAUGGCAAAAGCAGGGGCACUUUGAAGGCAAAGGCGCUUUGGUGGCAAUGAAAAAGGCCCUUCGAAGUCAAAGGGAAGGGCACUUUGAAGCAAAGGCCCUUCGAUGGCAAAAGCAAGAGCACUUUGAAGGCAAAAGCCCUUCGAUGGAAAGGGCAAAGGCCCUUGGAAGCGCACUUUGAAGGCAAGGGCACUUUGAGGGCAAAGGCAAAGUCUCCUGGAAGGCAAAGCGAUGGCAAUGGCCCUUCGAUGGCAGUGGCCCUUCGAUGGAAAAAGCAAGGGCACUUUAAAGGCAAACGCCCUUCGAUGGCAAAGGCAAAUGCAAGGGCAAGUUGUUACAGUCGUACAAUGCCAAGAGCGCAUUGCACGACUGUAACAAGAAAACAUCCUCAUUUCUCACAAUCACUCGAGUCUUGGUACGGCUGGGUCGGAAGAAGUUGCAUUGCCAGAGAGUCUAGCUGUGUAAAGCAAUGGAGUAGUUUGAAGCAUAUUUGUGUGCAGCAUUGGCUUCAAGGAAAAGGCAAAGACCCUUCAAUGGCAAACGUUCUUCGAAGGCAAAAGCAAAGUCUCUUCGAAAGCAACGACAAAUGCCUUUCGAAGGCAAGGGCUGUUCGAAGGCAACAACUUGCGAAGAUAAAGGUUAUCCGAAGGCAAAGCGUGCAUUGUACGAUUGUAACUAGCAAACAUCCUCAUUUCUCACAAUUACUCGAGUCUUGGCUCAUGGUACGGCUGGGUCGGAGUAUUAUACAAUUACUUUAUGGUUUCCGUGUUUGGAUGGCCUGAUCCAAACACUUGGGAAUGUUGCUCGAGUUAAGACAAGCGCGCAAAAUCACUCGCCUUCGGCUCGUGUUCGCGCGCUUUUCUUAACAAUUCUCACUCUCAAAUUACUUAACAAAAUCACUCGCCUUCGGUUCGUGUUUCGUGCGUUUUUCUUAACUCUCGCAGCAUUUCCGCGAGUUUGGAUCAGGCCAUACAAACACGGAAACCAUAAAGUAAUUAUUUUAUAAAAUAACAACUCUCCGUGUUAAAAUUUCACUUUAAAAAACUUUGGAAGGCAAAGGGCACGCUUCGAAGCGGAGACAAAAGCCCUCCAAAGCAAAGUGUGAAUCGUAUAUGUACGAGUGUACUCUUUUUCAACUCAAACUAGCAAGCAUCCCACCUCACUCACGAUCACUCGAAACUUGUUACGGCUGGUUUGGAAGAUUAGAGUAGCGAGCGAAACAUGAUGGUUUGGAAGAUGUUCGAGAAAAUUCGCUAGUGGUAAGGUCGGUUUUUAUACGUCGAAUUUUGGUUGCGUUGAAUGCAAUUAAGACAAUAGAUAACGAGACGAUAAACCUCAUUACAGUAAGCCUCAUUAUCUAUUAUUCUAUUGUUUGAAUUGACGUAUAUAACAGGCAUAAGCGAGAUUAAAACUGCAUUAAUUAACCUUUCCAAUAAUUUGUUACCUUACAUAAGGCCUGUUUCAGAAUCAUCCUCAGAGAUACGAAAAACUAUCUUUCUUACAUUCUCGACAUUCCCUCUUAGUCGAAUAUUAGUAUUAAUUCUACAAUCUCGAGAAAAAAAGUAAGGUGAACAAGUGGCGAUAGGCUUUCACUGAAACGAUCUAGUGGUAAAGACUACACGCUGUGUAAUGUAUUAUUGUGGUCAAGGCCUACAAAAAUCAUUUUGUAACUUGAGAUGUGUCGAAUAUAUCAAUUACACAAGCUAGAGAAAAAAGGUUAAUGUGAAUAAGUUGCGGUAGCUAGGCCUCCAACAACGAGCAAGUGGUCUAGAAGUAAAGACUACACGGUGUAUAUGUAGUGUGCCUUUGUAGUUCAAGUUCUACAAAAACCAUUUUGUGACUUGAAAUGUGUCGAAUAUUAAUUACACAACAUAGAAAAAAAAUUUAAGAUGAUAAAGUUGUGGUAGGCUACUAACAACAAGCAAGUCGUCUAGUGGUAAAGACUACACGCCAUGUAAUAUAACCUUUGUGAUUCCACAAAUAUCAUUUUGUUACUUAAAAUGUGUCGAAUAUUAAUUACUCAAAGCUAGAGAAAAAAGGUAAAGGUGUGUGUUAGGUUUCCAACAACGAGCAAGUGGUCUAUAGUGCUAAAUACCACACCCUGUGUAAUGUACCAUUGUGCUUCAAGGCCUACAAAAAUCAUUUUGUGACUUGAAAUGUGUCGAAUAUGAUAAAUUACACAAUCCAGAGAAAAAAGGUUAAGGUGAAUAGGUUGCGGUAGCCUUCCAACAAUGAGUAAGUGGUCAAGUGAUGAAGACUACACGCUGUGUAAUGCACCAUUGUGAUUCAACAAAAAUCUUUUUGUUGUGACUUGAAAUUAAAUGUGUCGAAUAUGUGUCGAAAUUAGAAAAAAAGCCGGUUGGGGUGAAUAAGUUGCGGUAGGUUUACAACAACGAGCAAGUGGUCUAGUAGCCUGAUAACAGACCUACGUUUCACCCGCCCUAAAAUUCGUCGACGGAAAGAGCGAAACGUUACCCUGGGUGCCAGAAGUUCUUCCACGCUCGUAGGGGGGAUAGUGAGGGAUACUCGUGUAACCCUCAUUAUCCCCCUACGAGCGUGGAAGAACCUCUGGCACCCAGGGUAGCGAAACGUAGGUCUGAUGAAAAUGUUGUCAAAAGCGCCUUCCGCCCACUUUGCAUUUUGCAAUAAUUAACAACGAUGAUUGACACAUAAUGUAAUACCUAAAAAUACAAUGAAAGUUUUCGAUUUCACUUUAUUGCAAGUUUGUAAACUAGUUAGCAGUCGAUAAGUACAGAUAUUCGAAUAAAUAUUUACAAUAUUGGUAACCCCAUGGAGCCCGUUGCUUUUAUAUACUUAAACCUUUGUAAAUAACAGUUACAGCUAUAGUAAUAAUACAACAUUUUCAACACAUUCUAUAAAUGCGAUAAAAUCUGCCUACGGAAAUUUGGCAAUAGCCAUUGUUGAAUUGCAUCCCAACUCUUCAAUUUAUACAUUUUGAAAUCGCCAUACAAUGGUAAAAUCUAAAUAGAAUAUUUUGUACGUGCUAUGUUACCAAAAUGUAAAUCAUGAAUGCGCACAUAUUUGUAUCCGAGUUUUACUAUGAUUAAUCACAAAACUUACAUCGUGUAUCAAAAAUUAUAUAUUGUAUUGUUUAUUACAACGGGAAAGAUACAACGCUGAAGAAUUUGACACGUAACGCUCUACUCCCCUCUAGUUUUAAUUUUAGACGGUAUAUAGUUGCCGUUCGGCAUCACAAAAUAUUUAGAAUAUUACACUGUAUGCAUAUUUAUAUGUGUUGAUUUACAGUACGUUGAAAAUAUUCUGAUAUUUUCAAAUCUUUUCAUGUUACCGACCAACCAAUCACAACCCAUUUCCCUGUGAAUUAGCCAAUUGGCUUUGUCGACCGCCAGGCGGUCGACUUACAUGCACUUUUGACAACAUUUUCAACCGACCUACGUUUCGCCCUUCCUCGACCCACGAAUUUUAGAGCGGGCGAAUCGUAGGUCUGUUAUCAGGGUAGUGGUCAAGUGGAAAAGGUCUAGUGUGCAAUUUUGGUUCAAGUCCCACAAAAAUCAUUUUGUGACUUGAAAUGUAUAGAAUCUUAAUUGCACAAACUAGAGAACAACGGUUUAGGUGAAUAAUUUGCGAAAGGUUUCCAAAACCGAUGAAGUGGUCUACUAGUAAAGACUGCACGCUGUGUAAUGUACCAUUGCGGUUCAAGUCCUACUGUACCAUUGCGGGACAAGGUUCCUGGCGGUGAGAACAAGGUUCCACGCGGUGCGAAAAAGGUCUCUGCGUUGAGGACAAGGUACCUGGCGGUGACAAUAAGGUUCCUGGCAGUGAGGACAAGGUUCCUGGCGCUCAGGACAAGGUUCCUGGAGGUGAGGAUAAGGUUCCUGCCGGUGAGGACCUUAUUCCAGGCCGUGAGGACAAGGUUCCUGGCGGUGAGGACAAGGUUCCUGGCGGUGACGGCAAGGUUCCUGGCGGUGAGGACCUUGUUCCUGGCGGUGAGGACAAGGUUUCUGGCGGUGAGGAAAAGGUUCCUGGCGGUGAGGACCUUGUUCCUGCCGGUGAGGAUAAGGUACCUGCCGGUGAGGACAAGGUUCCUGGCGGUGAGGACAAGGUUCCUGGCUGUGACGGCAAGGUUCCUGGCGGUGAGGACCUUGUUCCUGGCGGUGAGGACAAGGUUCCUGGCGGUGAGGAAAAGGUUCCUGGCGGUGAAGACCUUGUUCCUGCCGGUGAGGAUAAGGUACCUGCCGGUGAGGACAAGGUUCCUGGCGGUGAGGACAAGGUUCCUGGCGGUGAAGACAAGGAUCCUGGCGUGAGGACAAGGUUCCUGCCGGUGAGGACAAGGUUCCUGCCGGUGAGGACAAGGUUCCUGGCGGUUAGGACAAGGUUCCUGCCGGUGAGGACCUUGUUCCUGGAGGUUACGACAAGGUUCCUGCCGGAGAGGACCUUGUUCCAGCAAGUGAGGACAAGGUUCCUGCCGGUGAGGACAACGUUCCUGGCGGUGAGGACAAGGUUCCUGGCCGUGAGGACAAGGUUUCUGGCGGUGAGGACCUUGUUCUUGGCGGUGAGGACAAGGUUUCUGCCGUUGAGGACAAGGUUCCUGGCGGUGAGGCCAAGGUUCCUGGCAGUGAGAACAAGGUUGCUGGCGGUGAGGACAAGGUUCCUAGCGGUGAGGACAAGGUUCCUGCCAGUGAGGACAAGGUUCCUGCCGGUGAUGACAAGGUUUCUGCCGGUGAGGACAAGGUUCCUGGCGUGGAGGACAAGGUUCCUUGCCUUGAGGAACUUGUUCCCGGCGGUGAGGACCCUUGCUCCUGACGGUGAGGACAAGGUUCCUGGCGGUGAGAACCUUGUUCCUGGCGGUGAGGACAAGGUUCCUGGCGAUGACGACAACGUUCCUGGCUGUGAGCACCUUGUUCCUGCCGGUGAGGACAAGGUUCCUGCCGGUGAGGACAAGGUUCCCGGCCCUGAGGACAAGGUUCCUGGCCCUGAGGACCUUGUUCCUGGCGGUGAGGACCUUGCUCCUGGCGGUGAGGACAAGGUUCCUGUCGGUGAGAACCUUGUUCCUGGGGGGGAGGACAAGGUUCCGGGCGAUGACGACAAAGUUCCUGACGGAGAGCACCUUGCUCCUGCCGGUGAGGACAAGGUUCCUGCCGGUGAGAACAAGGUACCUGGCGUUGAGGACAAGGUUCCUGGCGGUGAGGACAAGGUUACUGCCGGUGAGGACAAGGUUCUUGCCGGUGAGGACGAGGUUCCUGGCGUUGAGGAAAAGGAUCCUGCCGGUGAGGACAAGGUUCCUACCGGUGAGGACAAGGUUCCUGGCGGUAACGACAAGGUUCCUGGGGGUGAGGACCUUCUUCCUGGCGGUGAGGACAAAGUUCCUGCCGGUGAGGACAAGGUUUCUGGCGGUGAGGACAAGGUUCCUGGCAGUGACUACAAGGUUCCUCGCGGUGAGGAUAAGGUUCAUGCCGGUGAGGACAACGUUGCUGCCGGUGAGGUCCUUGCUCCUGGCGGAGAGGACAAGGUUCCUGGCGAUGAGGACAAGGUUCUGGCGGGCAGGACAAGGUUCCUGCCGGUGACGAAAAGGAUCCUGGCGGUGAGCCAAAGGUUCCUGGCAGUGAGAACAAGGUUGCUGGCGGUGAGGACAAGGUUCCUGGCGGGGAGGACAAGGUUCCUGCCGGUGAGGACCUUGCUCCUGGCGGUGAUGACAAGGUUCCUGGCGGUGAGAACCUUGUUCCUGGCGGUGAGGACAAGGUUCCUGGCGAUGACGACAACGUUCCUGGCGGUGAGCACCUUGUUCCUGCCGGUGAGGACAAGGUUCCUGCCGGUGAAGACAAGGUUGCCGGCCCUGAGGACAAGGUUCCUGGCCCUGAGGACCUUGUUCCUGGCGGUGAAGACCUUGCUCCUGGCGGUGAGCACAAGGUUCCUGGCGGUGAGAACCUUGUUCCUGGGGGUGAGGACAAGUUCCGGGCGAUGACGACAAGGUUCCUGACGGUGAGCACCUUGUUACUGCCUGUGAGGACAAGGUUCCUGCCGGUGAGGACAAGGUUCCUGGCGUUAAGGACAAGGUUCCUCGCGUUGAGGACAAGGUUACUGCCGGUGAGGACAAGGUUCCUGCCGGUGACGACAAGGUUCCUGGCGGUGAGGACCUUGUUCCUGGAGGUGAGGACAAGGUUCCUGCCGGCGAGGACAAGAUUCCUGGCGGUGAGGACAAAGUUUCUGGCAGUGAGGACAAGGUUCCUGGCGGUGAGGUCAAGGUUCUUGGCGGUGAGGACAAGGUUCCUGGCGGUGACGACAAGGUUACUGCCGGUGAGGACAAGGUUCCUGCCGGUGAGGACAACGUUCCUGCUGGUGAGGACAAGGUUCCUGGCCGUGAGGACAAGGUUUCUGGCGGCGAGGACAAGGUUCCUGGCGGUGAGGUCAAGGUUCUUGGCGGUGAGGACAAGGUUCCUGGCGGUGAAGACAAGGAUCCUGGUGGUGAGGACAAGGUUCCUGCCGGUGAGGAGAAGGUUCCUGGGGGUGAGGACAAAGUUCCUGCCGGUGAGGACAAGGUUCCUUCCGUUGAGGAGCUUGUUCUGGAGGUGAGGUGAGCAUAAGGUUCAUGCCGGUGAGAAAAACGUUGCUGCCGGUGAAAACCUUGCUCCUGGUGGUGAGGACAAGGUUCCUGCAGGUGAGAACAAGGUUCCUGGCGGUGAGGACAAGGUUCCUGCCGAAGAGGACAAGGUUCCUGGCGGUGGAGACCUUGUUCCUGGCGGUGAGGACAAUGUUCCUGCCAAUGAGGACAAGGUUCCUGGCGGGGAGGAGAAGGUUCCUGACGGUGACAACAAGGUUCCUGCCGGUGAGGACAAGGUUCCCGGCGGUGAAAACAAGUUUCCUGGCGGUGAGGACAAGGUUCGUGCCGGCGAGAACAAGGUUCCUGCCGGUGAGGACAAGGUUGUUGGCGGUGAGGACAAGGAUCCUGUCGGUGAGAACAAGGUUCCUGGCGGUGACCACAAGGUUUCUGGCGGAAAGGGCAAGGUUCCUGGCGGUGAGGAGAAAUUUCCUGGCGGUGAGAACAAGUUUGCUGGCGGUGAGGACAAGAUUCCUGGCGGUGAGAACAAGGUUCCUGGCGGUGAAGACAAGGAUCCUGGCAGUGAGGACAAGGUUCAUGCCGGUGAGGACAAGGUUCCUGGCUGUGAGGACAAGGUUCCUGGCGCUUAG